CGCUUGUUAUUUUCUUACAUUUAUUGUCCAUAAUUAAAAUUUCUCAGUUUUUAAAUAGCAAAAUUUAAUAUCAACAUGUUUGGCUGGACUGUUGCUUUUAUUUGGCUGAUACAAUUUGCAUUUAGCCAGUUCAACUGCCCAUCGAAAUGUGUAUGUACAGAAGGGCUGGAUGGAUUCAAAGUACAAUGCCAGAAUCAAAUUUACGAUUUGAAGGAAGUGGACUUUACGGAUACAGCAGAGGAAUUGAUUCACAUAGACUUGAGCAGAAACAAAAUUUCAUCACUGGAUGGCAAAAUAUUUCACAACAUGACCCGAUUGAGGUCCGUAGACCUGUCAUUCAAUACGAUCCGGCGAAUUGAUGCGGGUGUUCUAAACAACAUUAUAAGCCUCAAGAAGCUGAACCUAUCACAAAACCAAAUAGUUUCUAUCGAGCAAGGUUCAUUUGACAAUAUGCCGAACCUUAAAAUUCUAGACCUGUCCUCGAACCCUUUAGCAUGCAAUUGCGAUCUUCUUUGGUUGGUCCCGUGGUCAGUGAAUGCAUCAGUUAAACUACAACCAGCCCCAAAGUGUGGCACACCAUUCAAAAAUAUGCUCCUAAAAAAACUACGGGUAGGAGUGGACCUACAUUGCGCUUCUGCGGGAGAAACACCAAUCCUGCAGUUGAUACCCGGUGUCGAUCAGGUAUUGUUUCAAGGCGAUCCUCUGAGGCUUCGCUGUAGAGCACCCCGUCUAGCAGUUGGAAGUGUUAGAGAUUCGGAGGACAUACAUAUAAGGUCUCAUAUAUUUUGGGGUUGGUCAAGUACAAAAAUAACGACGGAGGAAACCUUGCAGGAUAUCGUAUUUUACGAUCCGCUAAAACUAUUUCCAUCGUCUACGAUCAGCACAAGACCACUGUCCGAUAGUGGUAUACUCGAUUCGACCCUGAUAAUACCUCAAGUGAAAGCAAAUCAUUCUGGCACAUGGGACUGUCGACUGGUUACACACUCAGCGAGUUUCUCCAAGAGAAUUUCAGUCAUCGUCAUAUCUAAUGAAACCCACUUUUGCCCGGAAGCAUAUACACACGAUAGUAAAGGUUCCUAUUCUUGGCCAAAGACAAUAACAGGCAGAACCGUGUACCUACCCUGUGCUAAUGAUGCGGGUAUCAUUAAUGUGUCUUAUGUUUAUUACACGUGCACCCAAAGUGGAACGUGGGACAAUCUGAACGCGACGGGAUGUGCGUACGUGCUAGAAAGCACACGGGUGCUGGAACAAUUUUCCAAAACAAAUCUUUCGGGAAACAUCCUGGAAAGUGCGCGCUAUUUUAGAAAUUAUUCCUACACAUUGCUAACAAAGAAUGUGAAUACACUGGAUUUAGUGUACCUAGCCCGCACCAUUGAGAAUUUUUCUAAAGAGACCAGCCACGAUCCAGAGCUAGGCUUUGUUUUGGUAGAUAUUUUUGUUCAGCUUAUGAAGCAUACUUCUAACGCCGCAAAAUAUAUUGAAGCCCAGAAAGAGGAUAGAUCUUGUCGCAAACUGUUUGAAGCCUUCAAAUAUAUAGUUCUCAAUCUACCAGUCACAACCUUGAACAAAGAAAACAUGCAAGUAGAACUGUUUGACGUUUCAUUCCAGGGCAGUACAAACGGCUUUUCAUGCACCGGUACUAGCCACAACUCUAGGAUGAAUCCGUUGAAAUGUAGUAUCAUCUCGAAGCUUCCGCAGUACCCAAUCAAUGAGAGAAACAUAGAAGUAUCACUGUUUACGUCAUUCUCUAAACCAUUUGUGAAUCAAUUUACAUCCACUCGUAUAAUGGUUUCAAUAUUCGAAAGUAGUAUUCUUUUCCCCAACUACGAUGCAGAAUAUCGAAUAACUUCGAAGGUGAUACUGCUGGAACCCAUGCACGCAGGUGUAGAUUUUUCGCAAAAUACAACCGAAGGUACAGACAUUGUCAUCGUGCUGAAAACGGCUCUUUAUCAUGACGAAAUAAGCAAACCAAUUCCCGUCAUUUGGGAUCCCCUGCUUAACAAUGGUAUUGGAGGGUGGAGCAGAAAGUUUUGCUUUCAAAAUCAUUUAUUCAAUAGAGCUCUCAUAUUUUCCUGCAAAAAGUUUGGAGUAUAUGCAAUUAUGCAACACGUAAAAUUUUUGAAUGAUUUCUUAGACAAUGAAGAUGCUGGAGCCAGCUUUAGGUAUAGCGAGGUAGGUGUUUACAUAGGCAGUGUUGCGUUGUUUGUUGCAUGUUUUUUCAACAUAAUACUGUACACAGUGUUUGCGUCACACAUUAGAAUGAAUGUGCGAAAGCGGCAUUGUCUAAUCAAUCUUUGGCUGAGUCUAUCGGCGAUGGCUUUUCUAUAUGCCUUCGGAAUUCACCAAACGGAAGAUUUUAAAAUAUGUGAAAUUGUGGGACUGCUGAUACACUAUUUUACUUUGGCAACAUUGCUAUGGUACACUACACUUUUGUGUAACUUUUAUAAGACAAUUUCACGACGUAGAUGUAUUUCCCAAGAAAUUGACACAGUUGCAUCAUCCAUCACCAGUACAAACGAGGGAACAACAAAAAGUAAACCGUUACUGGGCUUGUAUUUGGUUGGUUACGGGAUAUCUUUACUGAUAGGAACAAUAGGGGCUGUGAAUCUACAUGACUACUCAUCGUAUAACAUAUGUUUCAUUACGGAAACUCCUGCUCUUAAUUCGGUUAUUUUCCCAACAAUUAUUUUAAUCUCAUUUUUAGUCGUAUUGUUUCUGGCGGUAAUGUGCACUAUAAAAACAAAAUAUGUCUACACAAACAAUAGAUCAUUUUCGGAAAUAACUCGUGAAUGUCAACAACAACAAAGCAGGCUGAAUCAUGCAGCUGCUGAAGGUAGUUUAUAUCUAGAUAGCUGCUCGUUUUCAACAUGCAGCACAAGAGCUCAACAUUUGGAAUAUUCAUCACAAUUGAAAGUAAAGCUAGCCUUACUGAUUUUAAUUAUUUUAACUUGGUUAGCAGCAGCAACGACAUCUUAUAUGAUCAUUAAGAACAGACAACAAUACGAGAAACUAUUUAGCUUGAUAUACGGUAUAUUGGCAUCAUGCUUAGCCUUAUCCAUACUGUACUUCUAUUGUUUUGCCCGAAAUGACUUUAAGCUCAUAUGGUUGACCAUAAGGCAACCAACACUGCAAGCCCAUACUAGCAAUACCGGGACGUUUUACCAUUCAACAAAAGGUCCUACCCGCGUCUACAGUGAGCUAACUGAUGCCAAACCUGCCGGAACCAUUAUUCAUAGCACUAGUGCGGUAUAUUACAACAAAGAUACAAAUACCGCAUCGAUAUACCAUGCACCUCACGUUGAAGUAUUCUUUAACGCUAACCAAAGUAAUGUAGCCCGAAAAUUUUUCCGUAAACAGAAAAGACUUGCGCGUCAUAAAAAUUUUGAUCUGGGUAAAACAGAAACGUCUGGUAGACCGGAUCAAUCUGACGAUUCUUCGCAAUUCUAUUUCGUACAAACACUACUCACCGAGCCUUCUACGACACGUGAAACUAAUAUGAAUGAGCUAACGUUACACAAGGAGAAAAAAGUCGUUGCUAGCAAAAUGACCUACUAUCCUAAUUUACUUUCUGAUAGUUGUAACGAAAGUGAUGCUGUUGUUGACAUAAAUAGCACACUGAACGUUAGAUUCAUAAAAUUGAUGAAUAACACUGAUGGGUGCCCCAAUAAUAACAUUUAUACUAAUAUAGUGGUGAACAAAGAAGAGGACUUAAAUAAGCUUGAUGACACUUUGAUAAACAAUUUGAAUGAACCGAAAAUAUGUCCAAUUUAUGAAAAUAAUUUACCUUUUACAACAGAGCACAAUUUUAAUGAAAUAACAAAUGCGAUCAAACAGGACGAAGGCAACUUAAGUGAUAUUAGAAAAUCACAGAGAAAGAAGUCCAGAUCCAUGGCCUAUCUUUCCGAAUUUACAUUUGAAGAACCCCUGAGGAAAGCAGACCCAAGAUGUGCUUCUACUUCAUUUUGUCAGAUGAAUAACUCAAGAAACCUACCAAUAGAUACUGCCAAUCAAACGCACGAUAGUGGUCCACUUUUGCCCCCACUAAGCAUGUGCGAGCUGUCCGGAUCCUUGCUAUCCACCCAUUCUGAGCAGCAUUUGCCUAACAAUCCGGAUAACACACCUAUUGCAGUGCCAAAAUCAACUAUAAAUGAACCUAAAGAACUUUUCGACGACGUAAGGCAUGGUAAUACCCACAGGCAUACGCUUUUCUGCAGUCCAACGAUGUUUAGUGAUUUCAAAUAUCAAAACUCGGAAGUAAGUCUUCGCAGUCAAGACUACUAUGCACCCCAACCGGAAAAAGAUGAUCUCAAUUACAAUUUUAGUGACAUUGACGACGAUAGUUCGGCACACGGCAGCCAAACGUCCAUCGAUGAACUAUAUGAGUUGAUUAAUGGAAAUUUUCCAAACAUCAGACCAAGUGCCGGUGAUGCUGAGUUGGAUGAGCAUCUAAUAGCUAGCGGUAGCUUAGAUCACCAACACCAAUCACAGUUCAGGAAUAGCCACUUGUAUGCUAAUACAAUACCCAAGAUAUAGUGUCAAUGUAGUCGAGCACGGACUGAAUGCCUAACACUAUUUGUAACAGAUACACGGUGGGCGGUGAAAUCUGGUGUUUAGGAACUUAUUGGAACUGUUGUUGUGCCACAUGUUCAUACGAAGGGAAAUUAAAUAAUGAUUUGACCUUCUCUUAAUCAUGAGCCCGAACAUGUCCCGUUGAGGUAUAGCACAGAUUUUAAAAUAUCUAUUUAUCGGUAUAAGUAAUGUUGUUCCACAUUAAUGCCACAAAUGACAUUAUGCUAAACGCCACUUGGUAGAUAAAGCCCGUGUGCCAUGUUACAAACACCGUCAUAGUCCUAUCCAUGACCAUUACGGUGAGCCAAGUUAGUAUGGCGAUUACAACCCUCUAUUACCCACUGCCUUUUCGAUUUGUAUUGUGGUCUCCAAAAACUGUCAAAUUUUAAUGAAUUUGGUUGCGAUUUCGAAUUUUUUUUCUCCCUUGAUUUGCUUUCGGUCGAUCUUGUUUUCCGUGCUGAGCACCAAUGCUACCGACGCCAGGGAGGUAGCUCCCACACCUGGACCCUACCUAUCGACCCAUCAACUCAUGAACCGGGGACCAACGACUUUACUUCCCUUCCGAAGGAAGGCGUGAUCAGAGAUGUUAUGCCUUAACAUCCAGGUGGCGCCGAUUGGGAUUGAACCCAGGCCUGCUGGGGUGAGAGGUAAUCAAGCUUACCACUACACCACCGGCACCGCUGAUUUGGAAUUGUGGGUCAUAAUAUUAAUGUCUGUCAAAAUUUACUCAAUGUUCACUCAAUGUUCACUCAAUGUUCAAUAUUACCGUACUUGCGAAUUAGGUUGGGCAAACGACUUUGUCAAAAAUCGUAAGUCAAUUCGACUUUUUUGCAAAUAGUUAUUAAUGUGUACCUACCUAGCGUAUAUGAGAACAGUGAGCUUGCGCAUGAGGUGCCCUGCUAAAUGCAGAAUGUUAAAGAUUAAUCACUUUUUGCACAGCAGUUGAAUCGAUUUGCGGUAUUUGAAAAAGUUGUUCUGCAUAGUUUUGAUUUCAAAAUGGUUUGAAACACAUCCGUUCAAUUGCCACCUUGAGUGAGGCAGGAAGACAACCCAGCGAACAAAUUUAAUAGGAUAAAACGAUUCUAUAACAUUCCCCCGAAAACCAUUCCCCAUAAUCUCAUUCCCCAGAAAAGCAUUCCCCAGAAUGAACCAUUCCCCAGAAAACCAUUCCCCAGAAUGAACCAUUCCCCAGAAAAGUAUGCCAUGUAUUAGAUUAACUAUUUUUGUUUCAGAGUUGGUUGGAAAUGCUAACAUGAAGCUUUAGUGUGAUGAUUUAUUAGCUAGAGAAUGAUCUUUAGAAGAGGGUAGGUGGAUAGUUCCGUUAGAGUACGGCAGUAUGAAAAUUGAAUAGAAGUUGAAAAUGAGCGAAGGGCCAUUAAAGCGACAGUUUACAAGAUAGACGCACAUUUUUGCCUAGCCCCUACGAUGUACGCGGGGACUUGAAGUAUAUCUCCAAGUCCACAGGCAAAAAUGUGCGUCCCUCUUGUUGCUCAUAAACUGACUGCGGCUGUGGAAUAGUUCUAGCGACGUUUUCAUCACUACCUAAAGCCCCACGUUGGGAGAGCAUUUCCAGUCGAUGGUGUGUUAUAAUGCAGUUCUUCUUUACCCAACUAUUGUGUUGCUCCUCUCGUCAUGACCAACGUGAUCAUCUCAGAGAGAAAGCAGUAGGGUGGUUGUUGCGUGCUGUACCAUCAUCAGCAUUGUUGACGGCUACUCCCGCCUUGAGUUGUUACAUUCAAAGUGUUUUUUAUGUUACUUCAUACGCGAAGUUAACGAUUUUCAGAGUUGGUUGGAAAUGCUAGUGAUGAAAACGUCGCUAGAACUAUUCCACAGCCGCAGUCAGUUUAUGAGCAACAAGAGGGACGCACUUUUUUGCCUGUGGACUUGGAGACAUACUUUAAGUCCCCGCGUACAUCGUACGGGCUAGGCAAAAAUGUGCGUCUAUCUUGUAAACUGUCGCUUUAAUGGCCCUUCGCUCAUUUUCAACUUCUAUUCAAUUUUCAUACUGCCGUACUCUAACGGAACUAUCCACCUACCCUCUUCUAAAGAUCAUUCUCUAGCUAAUAAAUCAUCACACUAAAGCUUCAUGUUAGCAUUUCCAACCAACUCUGAAAAUCGUUAACUUCGCGUAUGAAGUAACAUAAAAAACACUUUGAAUAUUUUUGUUUAUUAUAGUCACUCCUGGAAUCUUCUUUCGCUUAUAUAAAAAGAAGAGAAAAACUUCUUAAUGGGUCAAGGGGUUUUAGGAGACCUUAAUGGAUCAAGGGGUUUUCCCUUCUUUGAAAAUAUAAGAAAAGGAAAUAAUUCAUUCUUUGGA